CCGAUCCGGACCAGAAAAUGUUGAGAAUCUUGUCAAAAUCCGUAAAGGUGCAGCCUGCAGAGGACCGAUCCGGACCAGAGACCGACGAUUACGACGUCAUCGAGGACCUCUCUUCCUGGGAAUUCGUGAACCAGUCCGAUGACGAGGAGCUAGAUCGCUACUCCUUCAACGAAGAGGAUCUCGACUACCAAGACGAAGUAGCGGUGAAUGAAGACGAUCAUCCAUUUGCGCCCGGAUCUCCUCAAUCUUCAGAUGCGUACACGGAAUCGGAGUCUCCUCCUCAGAUCGCGACGAACCCAAUUGUGAUCGCCUCAAUCGUCCGGCUUACUCCCGCGUACACCUACAGCGAUGGCUACGAAGAGGAGGAAUAUGAAGACGAUGAUGGUGAUGAUGAUGAGUAUGACGAUGAGUUGGUUCCGAGGAGGGUGAGCGGGAAGUUCGGGAGGCAGAGAAUGAUGAAAAUGGGUAAAAGGGCGGCGAGUCCGAGGAUGAACACGGCCAAAAGCUUGCCGUAUUACAACAACAAACCCGGCGCUGUCUUCUGCAAAGUUAGGUGAUGAAUCCUCAUGUGCAAAUAGGGAGAUGAUGACUGGUUGAUCUAAUUUAGGAAUUGUUGAUGUGAAAUUAAUCUAAUAAGUCGUGUAAAAAUAUGUUUCGUGAAAUGGAUUUCGAUUUCCUGCUUUUCAGCACCCCCAUGUGUUCAUGUGGAUGCUUCAAUUGAUUCGCUUUCAUAUUGUUCAAACGUGUUGGUAACAUGUUUCAUCCGAAGUCCUGAGUCCGGUCAUAAGGUUACAAUUGAUUUUUACUGCACAAGUGCUUAAAUAAA